AUGAUGGCUAAAAACGGUGUUUCUCCAAAGCAAUUACUCUCGAUUCUAAUGCACGGAACCGAUCGAGCAGAGCAUCAUAUUCAGCCCGGCUCACAUAAUCAGGGAAGUGAAUUGCUUGUGACCGGACGAAGUGCAGGCUUCGAUGCAGAAGAAGGUGGGACCAACGUAACAGGAGCGAUAGAUGAAGUUUUGAAUGGAGAUGAUGACGCACUGCUAUUGGAAGGAAUUGAAACUUCUUUCGCAGCAGGAACGAACAUUGAAGCAGACAUUGGAUAA